AAACCUUCCGUCAACCAUUGCUUAUUCUGGUCGCCGGCGCCGGCGGUAGGCUAGAGUGCUUUUCCAUUUCGAAACAGUUCCAGUUAGAUAAGAAAAUACUGCAGCCUUCGGCUUUGUCAUUGGUGUGUGCUUCUGGAUCUUCAGCUACUCCAACAACAUAUCUUGCAAUCUCCUAGCGCUUGAGAGAAUGGGUAAUCUCUUCGUGCCUGAGAGAACGGAUGGAUUACUUCUGCAAAAUGCUUCUGCCCUUGUUUCCCAUAGCUCGCCCCAAAACGAAGCAUUAGUAACAGCAUCUGUUCCAGAGUCUAAACCAAAGAAGAGAAUGUGCUGUGCUUGCCCUGAGACUAAGAAGCUUAGGGAUGAAUGCAUUGUGGAGCAUGGUGAAGAGACCUGGGCAAAAUGGAUUGAGGCUCACCUUUAGUGUCUUCGAGCUGACGGUUUCAACGUUUGAAAUGUUGAAUAGUUUGUAAAUAUUUAAGAUCCCACUUCACGAAAGUAUGGAAACUUAAAGGAGUUUAUAAAGGCCUAUUAUUUAU